CGCGAAAAUAGAGUGUGUGUAUACUGUGUUAUGAUUCGAUGACCGGAAAAGAAAUAAAUAUGUUUACAGUUCUGCAUGAAGAGAAAAACAGCUGAUAGUAGUGAAGAACAAAAGUGUUUUAUCUGAAGCAAAGACCUUCUGAUGUGUGUUUAAUUCUUGUGUUACUGAAAUAUCCCGAAAUCGCGUGUUUUACUUAUGGUGGUAGUGUCAGCUGUUUAGGUGUCAUUUAAAGUCCGACGUUUGUUAGUACCACAAGACACUACAAAAGAGAACAUUGCUGUGCCUGUUGCCCGCCACCCACAAAAAUGGAGUAUCCAUAUGAUGAAGACGAGGAAUAUAAUAUGGCUUAUGCCGAUGAAAUGGAACUUAUGAUGGAGUUGGAAGAAGAGUGUGCGGCAUCUGACCUAGGGCAAAGACCAAAAUCCAAACGUAGCCUUGAUUUCUCCAGUCCACCACUGAAACCUGUUCAGAAAAAUGUUUCAACAGAAGUGCCAAUUCUUUCGACAGCCCCGACAAAUGGCGACAUGCAGGAAAGUCGGACUCUGCCAAUGGAAGUUGAGGCUCAGCAUUUUGAGGGACCUGACCGGAAAAGGAAAGUGGAAGAGCUCUUUGGUGAUAUUGAUGACAUUGAGGAUGAUGAUUUGUGCAGCACUUUGAAUCUUAAGAAAACUAAGCAGACUGAAUUAAGUAAUUCUGAGGAAAUGAUUAUAGAAAAGAUAACAGCUGGUAGACAAAAAGCCCAAAAUGAACGUAAGACUUGCAAAAUUUUGGGUAGCACUCAGAAAAGUUUAUGUUCAGAUGAAGUGAAACAGCCUUCAAUAUCAAGAAGUGUUCCAAGAUGGGCAUUUAUAACUGUAACUACAAGUGAUUCAGAUCGUUUCUAUAUUCGACUGAAGUCUGAAGAUGCUUAUAGUAAGGAGAUAGAGAGCAUUGGUUGCAAAGGGCGAACUAUAGGACUUCUCUCUGUGUCAUUUGAGACAGUUAGGGAGCAGGCACGUCUUUAUAUUCAGAAAAAAUUAGACCAAGAAGAAGCAAAUGAAUUUGAAAGGAAGAUCCGUGCUCUAGAAGAUUCAGGAAUGGAUUCUGGUGUGGAACUAACCAGUGAAGAUGAGAAAGAAGACUCUGCAGACCUGUGGGUUGAGAGGUAUAAACCCAAAACCUACAUUGAGCUACUGAGUGAUGAGAGCACCAACAGAACACUUCUUCAUUGGUUGAAGUUAUGGGAUAAAGUUGUAUUUAAUCGUGAAACAAAAACAAAACGAAAACAUAAAGAGGAAAAUAAAACUAAGAAGCCUGUUUCUGAAAACAGGUUCCAGAAGAAAAUAGUUCAAGAAAAAAGUUUCGAUGAUCUGGAUGAAAAUGGCUGCCCACAGUAUAAAAUGGCAUUAUUGUGUGGCCCACCAGGUCUGGGAAAAACUACACUUGCUCAUAUGGUGGCACGACAUGCAGGUUACAAGGUGGUUGAGAUGAAUGCGAGUGACGAUCGAAGUCCAGAUAUAUUCCGAAAUCAGUUGGAAGCUGCCACACAAAUGCGGGCUGUCAUGGGUGAAGAACCACGUCCAAACUGCCUUGUGCUGGAUGAAAUAGAUGGAGCGCCAGCCGCAUCAAUUGAAGUUUUGGUGAAAUUCGCCACGGGAAAGGAUGUUGGAAAGAAACGUGCAAAGAAGAAAGCUACACCAACAUUUCUGAAACGCCCAAUUAUCUGCAUAUGCAAUGAUGUUUAUGUACCAGCAUUACGUCCACUCCGGCAAUUAGCAUUUGUUAUACACUUCCCUCCAACUGCCUCUGCACGACUAGCUCAAAGAUUGCUAGAAAUCUGCCGGAAGCAACGAAUCAAAACAAAUAUGGGAGCGUUAACUGCUCUUGCUGAGAAAACUAGGAAUGAUGUAAGGGCUUGUCUGUCUUUCCUGCACUUUUUUAAGAUGGAAAAGAAAGAAAUCAGACUUUCAGAUGUGCAGAAAUCUAAUGUUGGCCUCAAGGAUAUGCAGAAAGGUUUGUUUACCGUGUGGCAAGAAAUAUUUCAGAUCCAGCGACCAAAAAGAAAGUUUGUUGAGACUAAUAAAGAUGAUUACAAACUGGAACCAAUGCCUGAACUUACUUCACCAGAAAUGAAAUUUGGAGAAACCUCAAAAGCAUCAAGGAUGAGGAGUAUUUUGCAGACUGUGCAGAGCCAUGGUGAUUAUGAGAGACUUGCACAAGGUGUAUUUGAAAAUUACCUUAAUAUGAAUUUAAAAGAAGGAUAUGCUCAAUUGAAACAGAUUACUGAUAGCUUGGAGUGGUUCUGCUCAUUAGAUGUUUUCAGUCACCACAUCCAUGCCACACAGAAUUAUGUUUUGAUGAGCUAUCUUCCAUAUGCAUUUGCAUUUUGGCAUUUCACAUUUGCAUUGUCUUCAUGGCCAAAGAUUACGUAUCCCAAUGCAGGGUAUGAGGCGUCCGUGAAGGAGGCGAGGACGCGUCAGCUGGUGUCCGAGAUGAUGCGCGGCAUGGACGUGAAGGUGCGCGCCCACUACAAGGCGGACACGCUGCUCUUGGACACGCUGCCGCACCUGCUACGCAUCAUCGUGCCUAGGCUCAGGCCGGUCAACAUCCAGCUGUACAGUAAAACGGAAAAGCAAGAGUUGGACAACGUUAUUGGAAUCAUGAUCGAUUAUAAUCUCAACUACGUACAAGAGAGAACUCCUGUCGGCGCUUAUGAAUACAACUUGGAUCCCAACAUGGCGGAGGUGGCGCAUUUCCCGGACACGAAGCCGAGCCGCACGCUGAGCUACAACGCCAAGCAGCUGAUCGCCCGCGAGCUGGAGAUGGAGAAGCUGCGUCGCGCCGAAGCGAGCUUGCUGGCUGCCCAGCCCACGGACAAGGACAAAACUAAGGACAAGGACAAAGCCAAGGAUAAGGACAAAGCCGUGGACAAGACGAAGGAGGCCCCAGCUGUGCCCAACCACUUGCAGAGCCUCAAGCCCAAGGCCAUCUCCGAAGUCAGCAGGGUUGUGAAGGAUUUCUUUGGACGAGAGGUGGAGCAAGUGGCGUCUUCCGGAGGAACAGGUCGCCGUAUCGAUGAGAUUGUGAAGAGUGACAUAUGGUUCCAUUUCAAGGAGGGCUUCAGUAAUGCUGUCAGAAAGCCCAUCAAGAUGAAGGACCUUGCGUAGACAGCAAAGAGACUUCCUAGUGGGUCUGACGCACGGGCAGAGUAUUGUCUAUAACGAGAUCCUUCGUGUACAGAAUACAGUUUUUAAUUACGUGCUGUUAAUAAACGUGUGUCAAUUGAU